GAGCGGGGCGAGUCUAGAAGCGUGUCAGACCAGCACAGGGCAGAACUUGAGCACCGUUUCCCUCGAAGCGGAGUUCUCAAAGAAAACCAGUAAACACCGGUGUAAUCGUGUCCCCAGGGGAAGAUGCGUUACCAGUAUAAGAAUGCUGAGGUGAGCUGCUGCUACAAGUACCUGAUGUUCAGCUACAACAUCAUGUUCUGGUUGGUUGGAGCUGCUUUCCUAGGCAUCGGGUUUUGGGCGUGGAGUGAGAAGGGCGUGCUGUCGGACCUGUCCCAGGUGACCCGGCAGAACGGUUUCGACCCGGUGUGGGUAGUUCUGGUGGUCGGCACAGUGACCUUUGUCCUGGGGUUCGCGGGCUGCGUGGGAGCGCUGAGAGAGAACAUCUGCAUGCUCAAGUUUUUCUGCGGGGUGAUUGGAGUGAUCUUCUUCCUGGAGCUGACGGCAGGGGUGCUGUCCUUCUUGUUCCAGGACACACUGAGGGAGUGGAUUAGCGACUUCUUCCUGACCAAUGUGAAGGGCUACCGGGACGACAUCGACCUGCAGAACCUCAUCGACUCGCUGCAGAGGACGAAUCAGUGCUGUGGGGCUCAAAACCCUAAUGACUGGAACAGAAACAAUUAUUUCAACUGCACUGACGACAACCCCAGCAGGGAGCGCUGUGGAGUGCCCUUCUCCUGCUGCCUGGCCGACCCUGCUCAAGCAGUUGUGAACACACAGUGUGGAUAUGACAUCAGAGCCAGGCCGGAACGGGAAUGGAACAAUGUGAUCCAUGUUAAGGGGUGCAUCCCUGCGCUGGAAGCCUGGUUACCCCGAAACCUCUACAUCGUGGCCGGAGUCUUCAUCAUCAUCUCACUGCUGCAGAUGUUGGGCAUCUUCCUGGCCCGUACUCUGAUUGGGGAUAUUGAGGCGGUGAACUCCCGCUUCUGAUACCGAGGCGCUGACUGACGCAGCAUGUGCGUGUGUACGUGUGCGUGUCCCACACUGCAACACACGUGUGCUGGGGUUCACAUUCCCAGCUAGUGCACAGCUCUAGCCACAGUGUAGAGGUAUCGAAUUCAGAUGUGUCUUAUUAAACUCAUAAGAAAACCAGGAAGGGAUCAAACUGCUAUGCAACGGGAGUCUUAUUUCCAUCCCUGAAUGGUUGUUACCUGUACACUGUGGCUAAUCAAGCUCGUAGUAAAGCCUGGAGUGGGUGGCACUGCCAUGCAACAAGAGUCUUGUUAACAUUCAUGUAAUAUAAGGGGUUGCCUUUUUAUUUUGUUUCCAAAUCUCUCAGCCUUGCACUGAUCAGCUUUCCACUCCACUGAGCCAGCCCUCACUGGAGCUCGAAGUUCACAUCCACACGUUACUCAGUUAAAUUAAUACAACUGCACGCAGCUUCAGCUGAACAGCCGUUUUAUUAUUUUUAUACCACCUACACACAUCCACCGACAGGACUAAAAGUAAUGUCAACUUUUCAGGAUUGAAAGUUGGCCUCUAUUUUUCUAAAAUGAAAACACCAAAAAGUGAUAGUGUGAGUUUUCUGAACGGUCUGUUAAAGGAGUGAGUCUUCAGCUUGUUUCGCAUGACGAGGUGUGAUCCGUGUUAAAGAUGAUGUUUGAAGAUGGCGCUCAUGUUAAAGAGCAGAUGCAAAGUUUGGAAAAAUGACCUUAAAAAUUGCAGAACUGCACAUUUGGGCCUACAUAGCAUUUCUGCAAAUAUA